AUGUGUCUAUCUUGUGUAAAUGAACAAGGAUUACAUGGAGUUGAAAUUGCCCAUAAAAUUUUAUAUAAAUGUGCAAAAUUAUUAUCACUUACCGAAGAAGAGUUAUACAAUUAUACAAUACCACUAUAUUUUCGUAGCUAUUCCGAAUGUAUUGAUAAUGAUCUAUUCGAAAAAUUUCCAUUCAAAUUAAUCAAUGCGAAAUUGUAUGAAGUUAAAACAAAUAUAUUUCUACGAUUUCAACAAGGUGAAUUAACAUUGGAUGAAUUUGCAAAAGAUCGAACACAGUUUAUGCGUAGUUGGUCCGAAUCAUCAUUGCGCGAAGCAUUGGAAAAGAAUGGGAUAUUAUUAAGCGGUCAGUAA